AAGACUUUGUCCCAAGUUUUCGCGGAGACUCGGCGUCCCCGCUGCGACCAGCACCCCGGAGCCCACGUCCGUCCGGCGACCCCUCAGCCCAGCCCCCCGAACUUUCAUACGCUCCCUCCGGCCCCGCCCCCUCGGGGACCCCCCCGGGGGCCCUCGGGCUCCCCCCAACUCCCCUGCCCCUUGAAACCCCUCGGAUUCCUCACCCGUUCCCCGGGCCCGCAGGGACCCCCGCCAUGGCCCGCUCGUACGGCGGCCGGGUGCUGGCCGCGGUGACCCUGCUGGGCAUCGCGGCGGCCGUGCUGGCGGCGCUGAGCGCGCAGCUGCUGUUCCAGCUCCAGGCGGGCCGCGCGGAGCUGCGGGGGCUGCGCGCCGACGGGCUGGGCCGGGGGCUGGGCGCCGGCCCGGGGCUGCCCGAGGACGCGGCCGGGGCGCUGCUGCCUCUGGCCGCCGCGCUGGCCGCGCUGGUGCUGGUGCUGGCGUUCACCUGCCUGCUGCUCGCCGCGCUCUGUGGCCACCUGGGCGCGGAGCUGGCGCGGGGGCCUGGCCCCAGGAGGUCUGACUGGUUUCUCUACGACUGCCGCCUCCUCAGACACGUGGCCCUUGGCCUUUUCUGCUGCGGUGUCUCCGUCUACUUAGCAGCACUGUCCAUCUACGCCUUGCUACUUUUCGAGAUCGAGACAGGCGCAGCAGCCGCUUCGAUCCUCAGCUCGGGCGCUCUGGUUCUGGUGGCCAUGCUGACCCACACUCUCCUCCGGGCCGCCCGGGCCACCCGCCGUGGGAUCCACGAGUUGUCCCCGCCAUCCUUUGAAGAUGACCUCACCCGCCCUGCCGACGUCUCCAAGGCCAGCCCCAGAGCUCAGCCUCAGCAGGAUGAGGAAACCGAGGCCCCAAGAGAGGCAGUGACUCACCAGGGGGCCCACGGCCAGGACUGAGCGCCAGAGCCAGGAUUCUCACCUGAACCCCGUAAUCUCCAAGCUGCUGAUGUGAAAGUCUCAGACUCUGCAAAUCCCUGCUGCACCCCUCAGGUUGGGACCAUUUCAAACCCCCGUGUGCCAAGCUCAGAGCAGGCCAGGGCCAGGCGCAUGGCUGGAGGGCUGGACCCAGGUUCCUGGCUGUGGACUCAUGGCUGAGGGACUUAGCCGCUUUGUGCCUCAGUUUCCUCAUCUGUACUAUGGAGACAAGAAGGGGCCCCGCCUCCAAGGGUUCCCACAAGACACGUGACUUCGUGUGAGCCAUUCUGGGGGGGGGGUCCCGACACAAUAGGUCCUCAAGGGUAUUAAUCAUUUUCAUGCUGCUGCUGCUUGGGGUAUAGAUAUGGGUAGUUUCUGGGGCUCCAGGAAAUGACAGAGGGGUCUCCAAAGGUCUCCUGUCUUGCACAACCCACAAAUAAACUCUGAUAG